AUGUCAAAAAAGGUGAAUACAAAAAUUGAUUUGGAGGAUUAUGUCAAACUGGACAAAAUUGGUGAAGGGACGUAUGGUGUUGUUUACAAAGCUCAGCACAAAGAUACGAAUCAGUUGGUUGCAAUCAAGAAAAUACGGCUCGAGUUUGAAGAUGAAGUUAGU